AUGGCAAACACGAGCGUUGUUUCCACUACCCAACCCGAACCCUCCAAUGCAGUGGAUCCCUCAGGCUCAAGAUCUCUGGGCUCUGUCGAUACUUACUCUGAUGAAGAAAAUAGCCGACAGGGCAAUGGGUGGAGAAGAGACACCGGGAAGAGAGUUUGGGUUGAGAAAGGCACUGUAAACUUAUCAAACCUGACCAGGAACAAUAGAGAUUCUGGGAAAGGCAGAAAUCCACCUCAAAAAGAUCCAUUCCACAACCAUAGAGAACUGGAGGGGGAUGAAUGCCUUCUGCAUGGUUCCAUGGCCGAAAGAGGGCGUGCGAAGCUGGACCUUGAGGACUGGAUUGAACCGCCAAAGGAUAGAAACUUCCCUUUGAUGGGGCGUUUUGCUGGAAAAUUCCCGGGCAUGAGAAUAAUUGAUGAAUUAGCCAAAACAUGGGGAGUUUGGUAUAAUUUGGAUGAACACUAUAAUGGCCAUGUAAUGUUUUGGUUUAAGACUGAAGAGGACCGUGAUGUUGUGUUGAAGAAGGGUCCUUUUGCUGUGUAUGGAAAACGUAUGUUCCUUGAACCACCACCAAAAGAGUUCUCUGAGGCGUAUGAAGAUUACCGGUUCCUUCCAAUGUGGGUUAGACUCCCCUCACUGCCGAAACCUUGUUGGAACACUGGGGCUUUGAGCAAAAUCGCUGCUGCCAUUGGUAAACCUCUGUACAUGGAUCAAUCUACUUUGGAUGGGAGGAAAAUAGGCUUUGCUAGGGUGCUCGUGGAUGUUGACUGCUCCUUAGAGCCUCUGGAACACAUCGCCAUUGAGGUGCCUGACGGAUCAACGGAAAGAAAUGUGGAUGCUGGGCAUGGGAAUGAGAAUGGUGAUACCGAGACUCAAGCUCUUGUAGCUACGGAUGUGUGUGAGGCUGUUGUGGGUGACGAAGAGGAUGUGGCAGAAAAGAGAACUGAUGAGGCAGCACUGGUGGUAGUCGAAGAUGGUACAGGAGUGCAAGAUAUUGUAGCUACACCUUUGCAACAACCUUUUGGAACUCCACAAGUCGAGGUGCAAUCUCCUCCACCACCUCUUGAGAUUGGAGAUGAGGCCGCAAAUGAGACAUCUGACGCAGAAAUUCCACAAGUUGAGGUGCAAUCCCCUCCACCACCUCCUGAAAUUGAAGAGGAGGCCGGUAACGACAAAGAAGAAGCUGCUUUGUCAAAAUCUGCUAGAAGAAAGGCCCGAAAGGCUAGGAAGGCGGCAGAAGCUGCCUUGAACCCUCCAUGCAACCUUGAGACUGUCUCUGAAGUUGAUCCGGAUCCACAGGCAGAAAAUGAAGAAGAAAAUGUUGUCACCUUACCCAUAGAGCCCUCUCGUGUGGUGGCUGGGGCAAGAAGACGAUCCCCGCAAUCUAAGAAGCAAAAGAAAACAUCUCGGACAUCCCUGCCACUUGGGAUUAACAAAGUGGCUGGCGGCGGUGUCUGGGACUUCGUUUGGAACAAUAAACUAUCUGUUAUUGCACUUCUGGAAACUAAAUUGUCGAUUGAGAAAGCUGACUUGUUCGUUAAAAACCGAAAGAAUGGAUGGAAGCUUGCAACCAACUUCCAUGAUACUGUUGGUGGAAGGAUUCUUGUUACAUGGAACCCAGCGCUAGUAGACUGCUCAAUCCUUGAGACUGGACCUCAACAUGUCCACUGUCUCAUUCUAUGCAAGAUUUCUCAGAAGAAGAUUCUUUGUACUUUUGUCUAUGGCCUCUUUUCUGUAGUUGCGAGAAGGCAAUUAUGGGAGAAGAUUGAAGCACUUGGACUAUUGAUUGUUGAACCAUGGGUAAUCUCAGGUGACUUUAAUACAGUGUUAUCACCAUCUGAAAGAAGGGGAGGAAACGAACCAACUAGAUAUGAGCUUCAGGAUUUGGAGAAUUGCUGUGCGAACAUGGAUCUAACGGACUGCCCUUCUACUGGAAAAUUUUUUACGUGGAGAAAUAGGUAUAUGGAAGCCAAGCUGGAUCGGGUACUGAUCAAUGAUAGAUGGGGAGCCAACGGGUUAACAUGCAUGGUAGACUUCAAGUUGUUGGCAUGCAAUUCAGAUCACUGUCCCGUAGUUAUAACUACGUCCAUUGCUAUAAGUGACGGAAAAAGGCCAUUCAAAUUUUUAAACAUGUGGCUCACACACCAGGACUUCAAAGUUACUCUUGAAAAUGUGUGGAGAGAGCAUGUGGAGGGAUCGAAGCAGUAUAUUCUGGCCAAGAAACUUAAGUCUCUUAAAGGACCUCUUCGCACUCUUAACAGAAAUGCGUUCAGCCACAUCUCGGAGAGAACCCGAGUCGCGAAAGAAGCCUACUCUGUUGCGCAAGAUGAGUUGGAUGUCCUAAACGCGAAUGAACAAGAGAGGGCUUAUGUUAAUGAUCUUCGGAAGAGGGCCUUGUUCUUGAUGGAGGCUGAAAGACGGUUCUUUGCGCAAAAAUUGAAUACAGUCCACUUGGUUGAGGCAGAUAAGGGAUCACACUAUUUUCAUAGCCUCAUAAAUAAAAGAAAUGCAGCGUCAACUCUAGCUGCAAUCCUUGAUCAAGAUGGGAACCUAACUACUUCACUCAAUCAAGUGGGCAGCUUGUUUGUAAAAUUUUUCUCUGAUUUAUUUGGCACCCCAAGAGAAAGGAAUGGAACGGACAAUACAUAUUUUGGCCAUGGAUCCAAUGUCUCUGCCGAUCAAGCUUUGAACCUUGUGGCCCCAAUCUCUAAAGAAGAAAUAAAGGAAGCUUUAUUCUCUAUGGGUAAUGACAAAGCUCCGGGGCCCGACGGGUACACUGCCGCUUUCUUCAAAGUUAAUUGGAACCGGAUUGGUUCACUGGUCAUAGCGGCAGUGAUGGAAUUUUUCAGAAAUGGGCAACUGUUGAAGCAAUGGAAUCAUACCGUUAUUGCCUUAAUCCCCAAGAAGAUGCACGAUCAAAGGGUCGAGGAUUUUAGACCAAUCGCGUGCUGCAAUGUUUUUUUACAAGAUAAUAACGAAGAUAAUUGCAGCACGCAUGGGACGAGUACUGCCGGACAUUGUGGACCAAGCCCAAGGGGCUUUUGUAGGUGGGAGAUCGGUGUCUGA